AUGCCUGCCGAGUUUCUCACUAGCAACCCCCCCCCGCUCUGGAUCACUCUCUACCACAUCGUCACCCGCCUCCCUGACUCUCUGCGCGCAGUCAGGGACCACUUCCUCUCUCGCUCCCCCACUGAGCUCACUGUUGCCCUCCUCGAGAAGGAACUGCUUGCAGCUGAGGCGAGCAUCGUCGCUGUAGGCACCUCUCGUGGCGACCCCCGCACCCCGUUCUUUGAGGGGUGUUCCCCUUCCCCCCUCCUCCCCUCUGUCGCCUCUGCUGCUGCUGUCGACCUUCUUGGUGCUGAGAAGGUCGGGACCGCGUCUGCUUCGAGCGGGCGCCGCAGGAACAAGGGGGGCAGGGGUGGGGGUGGCGGCGGAGGAGGUGGGGGUGGAGGCGGUGGGAGUGGAGGCGCGGCUGGGGAGACUAGUGGCGGCAGUGGGGGAGGAGACAGCAGCGGUGGGAGUGGUGGUGGAGGCGGCAGCGGAGGCGGAGGUGGUCGUGGCGGCGGCAGGGGUGGAGGUGGCCGGGGCGGCGGCGGUGGGGGUGGUGGUCGUGGAGGCACUGGCGGAGGGCAGAGUCAGCAGCCCGCCCCGACGCUUCAGGCCGCCCGUGAGUGGUAUGCGCAGCGUAGCGUUACCUGCACGUACGUCAUUCGCACAGGUGACCGCAGCGGCCAGCAGUGUGGGAGGCCGCACCCCACGCAGCGCUGCUUCGCGCGCCUUAACGACGCGUGGCGCACUCAGUUUCCUGCUGCCACUGAGCUGCCGCGCUGGGCUGAUCUGGAAAAGAGGGGUGUUGAUAUUUGGGCUUUAGACUUUGAUGCUAUUCUCACUGCCAUGUAUGCGAUGUCUAUUAGUGGAGAGGGUGCUCAAUACUUGCGUGUUCCGCCCGACCCGGGCAUUCAGGCCAGUCCGGCUGCCGCUCUAGGUGCUAGUGCGUCUGCUCCCACAGGUCCUGGUGAGGCUGCAGCCCUAGGUGCUCGUGCGUCCGUGCCCCCUGGUACUGAGUCGACUGCAGCACUGCACACCUUCACACUGGACUCAGGUGCUUCUCGCUCCUUCUUUCGUGACCGCACUGUCCUUGAGCCACUCGCUCGGCCAGUUGCUGUCUCCCUUGCUGACCCCUCUGGGGGUCCGGUCAUUGCGACCUCCUCCACUGUCCUUCCUUGUCCGGCGGUCCCGUCCGGCACGCUGUCAGGUCUCUACCUCCCCUCGUUCUCUACGAACUUGGUGGCAGGUAGUGCGCUCCAGGACGGGGGUGUUCACCAGUUCACCCCUGCCUACGAGCGCGUGACACACUGCACGUGUGCUCGGACGGGUCGCCACCUGGCUACCUUCACUCGGGAGCCGGGGUCGGACCUUUACACACUGACCACUGAGUCCCCUCAGGUAGCUGCGUCCGCGUCUGCGUCUGCGUCAGGUCAGCUGUCCGCCCCCUGCUCGUGUCGCUCUCUGGCGCAUGAGACUGUCCUUUGGCACCACCGCCUUGGUCACCCGUCUGUGCAGCGCCUUCGGGCCAUGCACAAACGGGACCUUGUUGCUGGUCUUCCCAGGGUGCUCCCUCCCCUUCCCGACUCGCCUGCUCCUCCCUGUAUUCCCUGUGUCGAGGGACGGCAGCGCGCCGCUCCUCACUCCUCCUCCUUUCCCCCGACGACUGCUCCCUUGCAGACGCUCCACAUGGACGUGUGGGGCCCAGCCCGCGUCCGUGGUCAGGGUCAGGAGAGAGGUGGGGAGUUUUCCUCUGGCCUCUUGGAGGCCUUCUGUCAGCAGGAGGGCAUUGAGCAGUCGUACACGCUUCCGGCCUCUCCACAGCAGAAUGGGGUUGCUGAGCGCCGCAUUGGUCUGGUCAUGGAGGUCGCUCGUACCUCCUUGAGCCAUGCGGCUGCCCCCCAUUUUCUGUGGCCGUUUGCAGUCCGAUACGCUGCGCAUCAGCUCAACCUCUGGCCCCGUGUCUCCUUGCCCGAGACUUCUCCGACACUGCGUUGGACGGGAGAGGCUGGCGAUGCGUCGCGUUUUCGGGUCUGGGGAUCCCGAGCUUUUGUCCGCAACACGUCCGCGGACAAGCUCUCCCGUCGCGCUGUCCCCUGCGUCUUCCUUGGCUUUGUCCCGGACGCCCCUGGCUGGCAGUUCUACCACCCCACCUCGCGUCGUGUCCUGGCCUCUCAGGACGUCACUUUUGACGAGUCCGUCCCCUACUACCGCCUCUUCCCCUACCGCACUGCCCCGCUCCCCCCCCCGCCUCUCUUCCUCGCUCCAGGUGCUGAGGUACCAGACCCCCUCCCCCCUCAGGGUGCCGCUCCCUCAUGUGUGUCCCAGGUAGACCCGGGUGAGCCUGUCGAGGUAGCUGUUGACUCUCGUCCUGCUAGGGGUGCUGAGCCUGGGGGUGCUGCGUCUGGGGGUGCUGAGCCUGGGGGUGCUGCGUCUGGGGGUGCUGAGCCUGGGAGUGCUGAGUCUGGGGGUGCGGAGCCUGGGGGUGCUGAGCCAGGAGGUGCGGAGCCUGGAGGUGCGGAGCCUGGAGGUGCUGAGCCUGGGGGUGCUGAGUCUGGGGGUGCUGAGCCUGAGCGUGCUACACCUGGAGGAGCCCUCUCCUCCCAGCAGCUGCAGGAGAGGUACCUCGAGUACUGCCGCCUCCGGAGAGGUGCUGCUGGAGCUCGUCCCGGUACUUCCCCUCCUACCCAGGAGCUCCCCCCCAUUCAGCAGAUCCGCGAGUGGUACACACGGCGCUGCAGUCUUCGGAGUGGUGCUCCUGGUGCUGCGGACCCUGGGGGUGGCGCUGCUGCUGGUGCUGAGGACCCGGGCGGUGGCGCUGCUGCUGGUGCUGAGGACUCGGACGCUGGAGCUGAGGACCCGAGCGGUGGCACUGCUGCUGCUGCUGAGGACCCGGGCGUUGGAGCUACUACUGGUGCUGAGGACCCGGCCGGUGGAGCUACUGCUGGUGCUGUGGACCCGGACGCUGGAGCUCCUACUGGUACUGAGGACCCGGCCGCUGGAGUCUCCUCUGCUUCCGGAGACGCUGUGCGGCCGCGACCGUACUUCGUACCGCUCCUUCAGCAGGUUCUUGGGCAGACUCCUCCUCCUUGUCCUCCUCCCUCCGUAGAGUGUCCUCCGCCUGUCCAGCCGCAGUCACAGUUACCACCUACCUCGCCUCUCCCUGCUCCCUCUCCUUACACUGGUCCCACAGGAGGUCUUACAGAGCGUCGUGAGCCUGAGUCUCGUCCUGCGUCGCCUGUUCGUCGUGCUCGCACUGGUAGUCGUGUCCGUCGUGAGCGUCCUCCUCCUGUCCCAGGCACUCACUACAUGACUCUGCGUCCCUCUACUGCUCCUCAGCGUGUCCCUCUACCGUCUCCUCCUGCUUCCUCUUUGCCUGACGUUCCGGACCCUGAGUCUGACCGGUAUCGUGCUGAGCACCCUACUGUCACGCGUUUCCUUGCUACUGUUGUCACUGACCCUACCUUUGAGUCCUCUGCUGCGUCUGCUCUGGUCGCUGAGUUGGUUGACUUUGCUGCUGCCUGUCGUCUAGACUACGCUGCUAGCCUUGUUGCUGAGUCUGAGUCUGAGUCUGUCUGUCCUCCGUCCGUCGGGGGUGAGUGUGCUCUUGGCACGGACGUCCUUGAGGACAGACAGGAGGAGUUCCAGUGUCUUGCUGCUGCUUUGCCCCGUCUCGUGUCCUUGCUAGUUGCCCCUGAGGGAGACCCGGAUGCACCAGACAUCCCGACCCCGCGCACUUACGCUGAGGCGAUGGCGGGUCCCUACUCCUCUCAGUGGCAGACAGCCAUGGACGCCGAGAUGGCUUCCUGGAAGUCCACACGCACCUACGUCGACGAGGUUCCCCCUCCUGGGGCGAACAUCGUCAGUGGCAUGUGGAUUUUCAGGGUGAAGCGGCCGCCGGGUUCUCCGCCUGUCUUCAAGGCGCGUUACGUGGCUCGAGGCUUCAGUCAGCGAGAGGGAGUUGACUUCUUCCAGACCUUCUUCCCCACCCCGAAGAUGACCACUCUUCGGGUGCUGCUGCACAUAGCCGCUCAGCGCGACUACGAGCUUCACUCACUUGACUUCAGCACUGCUUUCUUGCAGGGCAGCCUGCACGAGGAGAUCUGGCUGCGCCGCCCACCUGGCUUCACUGGGUCGUUUCCUCCUGGUACCCAGUGGAGGCUUCAGCGGCCGGUCUACGGUCUCCGCCAGGCUCCGCGUGAGUGGCACGACACACUGAGGACUACACUUGCGGCUCUUGGGUUCGCGCCUUCUACAGCUGACCCGUCGCUGUUCCUGCGCACCGACACUUCGCUGCCGCCGUUCUACAUCCUCGUGUACGUCGACGACUUGGUCUUUGCCACUGCUGACACUGCAGGACUCGCCUACGUGAAGUCGGAGCUGCAGAGGAGACACACGUGCACAGACCUGGGUGAGCUGACAAGCUAUCUUGGCUUGCGGAUCACCCGGGACAGAGCACGGCGCACCAUCACCCUGACUCAGUCACACAUGGUGCAGCAGGUUCUCCAGCGCUUCCGCUUCACGUACUCCUCGCCUCAGUCCACUCCUCUGCCUACCGGUCACUCGCUCUCAGCUCUGCCUUCGGAUGAGUCCGUAGAGCCGAGUGGCCCGUAUCCAGAGCUUGUGGGCUGCCUCAUGUACCUGAUGACCUGCACUCGACCUGACCUUGCAUACCCUCUUAGCAUCCUUGCACGCUAUGUCGCUCCUGGCCGUCACAGGAAGGAGCACAUGGAUGCCGCUAAGAGGGUGUUGCGCUACUUGUGCAGUACGUCGGGCAUGGGGCUUGUGCUUGGAGGGCGAGACCGAGUUGUUCUCACAGGGCACUCAGACGCUUCUUGGGCAGACGACCAGGCCACUCAGCGGUCGUCUCAGGGUUACACCUUCAGCCUUGGCUCUGGCUCAGUUUCUUGGCGCUCUACACGCUCUUCUUCUGUUCUCGGCUCCAGUUGCGAGGCUGAGAUCUACGCUACAGCCAUGGCUGCCCAGGAGCUACGCUGGCUGACCUACCUGCUGACCGACCUCGGAGAGCGGCCUCGUUCUCCUCCAGUACUGUACGUCGACAACAAGGCUGCCAUUGCCUUGUGUGAGGAGCACAGACUGGAGCACAGAACGAAGCACAUCGCCCUGCGGUACUUCCUUGCUCGAGAGCUGCAGCAGCGCGGUCAGCUUUGUAUUCGCUACGUGGCCACUGAGGCCAACCUUGCUGAUGUGUUCACCAAGGCGCUUCAGCCUCGUGACCAUCAGCGCUUCUGCACUCUACUAGGCCUUGUGCCUACUGGACCUCACUUGCUUACCUCUUGA